AUGGUAAUUCCUCCAUCACUUAUAAAUCCUACGAACUUUCAUGGAGUAGUGGUAAUCAUGAACCAGUAUAUUAUACCACUGGCACAUAACGAUCCGAGGCUUUUUUCCCAUGUCUCACAAGCCUUUUCCUUAGUUGAUCUUGGCAAGCGUUUGCUAGAUGCCGCAAAAAAUGGAGAUGUUGAGGAAGUUAAGAAUUUGAUAAAUAAUGGAGCACCAUUCACUACAGACUGGUUGGGAAUAUCCCCUCUCCAUUUCGCUGCUAUGAAUGGACAUCUUAGUUCAUGUGAAGCGCUCCUACGUGCCGGUAUUAGCAGGGACGCUCGAACUAAAGUUGACCGUACUCCUCUUCAUUUAGCUGCUCAAGAGGGUCAUGCGGACAUCGUGGAGUUACUGUUACGUAAUGGAGCGGAUCUUAGUGCUAAAGAUAUGUUACGUAUGACAGCAUUGCACUGGGCAGCUGAAAGAGGUCAUACACCUGUUGUUCAAAUGUUGAUGCGUUUUGGAGCUGAUGCACAUCUUCAGAACAAAUUCGAGAUGACUCCUUUAGAUAUAGCGGAGUGUAAACAUCAUGAUGAUGCUCGGGAUGCUAUGUUAAAUACUCAGUAUGAUUUAGUAUCGUCAGUUGGUCGUAUGGCUGCCACGAAUGGGGAUAUAGUAGGCGCUAAUGCAUAUAUCUUGACAGAAGAAGAGACAUUAGUUCCUGCUGCUCCUCCAGCUGAUGAGGUGACAGUCACUGCAACAACGGUUGAAGAGUCCUCCAGCAUACAAAAUUCUGAUAUCUCCGAGACAUUCGCUAAUGACGAUGAUGCUACUAAUGAAGAAGAAAAAAUUACAACGCAUAUUAAAUUAAAAAGUAACCACAAUGGUUCUAAAAAGCUAAUAUGGAGAACUGAGGGAUUGAAUAAAAAUACAAAUGUCAACCUCCAUGAUGAAAAUUCGGAAGCCCAAACCAUUUCUAAUUCAUUAUCACAGUCAACACAUGCGAAUAAAACAGAUUCUAUUUUGGAUACUAAAAAUGAUCCAAAUUUAACUGGAGAUAUUUUGUUGCCUUUAGGUGAAGAUUGUCCAAGCGAUGUUAUGAUAGUUGAGACUCCGGAUGGUGAAACGCUUUACGUCCAUCAGCAACCGAAUGAAGACGGCUCUAGUGGUUUAGUCAUUUUAAAUGACACAGGUGAACAGGUGAAUAAUCCGACUUUGAUGGCUCAAGUAAUGGAUGCCUUAGUCACUUUACCAGAGAAUAUGAUAAGCGAAACAUUAAGUCCAGAUAGCUCUAAUGUAAAUAUUGAAUCGGAUUUAAAUACUUCAUCACUUCAACACUUGGAUAAGAAUACAAACACCAUAACCUCGAGGCCAGAAUUCAAUAAGACAAUCGUUAACGACGGAUUUUUUCAGCCCAGCACAAAUGGUUAUCAAACAGGAAAUCAUCGACUGAGCCCUACGCAUACUAUAGAUAAUGAGGACGAUGAUGAAGAUCUUGACAACGAUGAAUCAGAAUCAUUAGUAGCUCACUUAGCUGCAUUCGCCAACCAACCUGAAUCCCAACAAACAACUAUCUGCGUAGAGGGGAUGGGAUCUUGUGCUUCAACCCAUGAUCUAAUAAUGUGGUGCUUGUACAAUGGAAUAUUUAUCCGUGGUUAUGCAGACGAACCAACUUUCGUUAUCGAAUUUGUUUACCAAGGUGAAGCAUACACCCUUUCAGCGUCAUAUGAUUGGGCAUCUGGGUCAGUCAGUCAGUCAAUCAGUUGCAACGUAGGACUUCGUACGUAA